AGAACGGAGGUUGGUCUACUUGGACCCCGUGGUCACUGUGCAGUAAAACCUGUGGUCAUCAAGGGGAAGUGAGGACUAGAGUUUGUGAUAAUCCUGUGCAGAGGAAUGGUGGGAAUUAUUGUAUUGGUCACGAUAUUGAAGUCAUGCCAUGUAACGAGUACGAUUAUAUUCCAUGCCCAGGUAAUUUGCAUGUAGUCUGUGUCACAGACCUUCCAUUUAAAGGUCUGUGACACACGCUAGGUAAUUUGUUGAUCAUAUUGCUUGGUUAAACACUCGUCUGUUUAAAAAGACUGGAUUGGAAACUCGCCAUACUUCAAGUCUUCAACUGAUCAUAGUGGUCAAGACAGAUUACUAAAAUCAUCCACAUCGUUUCAACCCUGCAGUUGCAAAGAACCGAUCCAGGGAAGUUGAUUCCUCCAAUCGACAUAAAAUGUUUUACCUAGACCCCUGAGCUCCCAAGGAAGGGGGAGGGGGGCUGCGGCUCAGCCCUCCUUUGACCUCCUCUUCAACAACCCUGGUUUUUACAGGUAUAUUUAUUUUGAUAUUACUUUCUUGUUAGACCCUCCUCCUGCCCAGUGGUCAGACUGGUCAUGGUGGAUCCCGUGUGACAAAGCGUGUGGUGGGGGACAUCAAGAACGCUUUAGGUUAUGUAAUAACCCUCCUCCCGCCCCUGGGGCUGCGGACUGUGUCGGGGAGAAAAAACAAACACAAGAUUGCAAUGUACAUCCCUGCCCAGGUAAGACAGUUUUUUGUGUGUUACAUUUCAUACCUCUUGAAUGUUGACACAAGCGAUGGUUUAGAGUUCAAAUUUAAAUUGCCAAAACAAUGAUAUUAAAUAUUACAGAAGUACUGUACAUGUAUAUGCCUGAAUUGCUCAAUUGGUGGAUUGUCUAUAUCUUGCUUAGUUUUCAAAAUACUUCGACUGAAAAAAGUGAGCUGUUCACCAUCUUGGAUUAUUGAGGAUAUGCAUGUUACGUCAAGAGAGGGGUCACGCUAGUUUUUUAUCUUGAGAGUAAGCGAUCAAUAUGGGUCCGAAAUUUCGUUUCUGGUUGCUGUCUGAAAUUUAGAAAUGAUUAAAAACAUUUGGAACAAUUUUGAAUUGUUAUUCGGUCAUUUUAGAGUAGUUUUAUAUGGUUACCCCAACCCCUGACGUCAUCAAAACCAUAGUUAAUGAGGUCAAGAAUUAAUUCAAGAUGGCGGACAGCCAUUAAUUUCGGUCUAAAUAUUUCGAGAACUAAGCAAGAUAUGACAAAUUGGUAAUAGAGUUUUAAUAUAUAAUCUUAAGAGUUCUUUUCAAUGAGACAAACUAAACUCUUAUUGCCAAUGUCCUUUACAGUCGAUUUCACAUAACUUUUGCCAAGAUGUUCGGAACUUCAAAAAUUUGAAGUUCCCAAGUUCAUAAGUUCACAAAUUGGUUUGUAAACUAAGUAUUUGAUUGGCUUCUUUCAAUCCACGGACCUAUCUUGUUUCCAAACCGGCUUGUGAAUUUCAAUAUUACUGAACACUAAAACUAUAGGGGCCUCGUCUUAAAAGUCCAACAGGAUUUCCAGAGGUCUCUAGCCCGUUUAUAUAUUCUUAAAUAUUCAACUUGUAAAUAUUAUUUGUGGGUAAAUAAAACUACUAUAACUUGUGAACUUCGAAACGAACUUCGGAACGAAGUUUGAAAGUUGGAACAUUUUGGCAAAGGUUCUGUGAAACCGACUGUGAUAUAAAUUUCAAAGUUCAAUUAAUAUAAUACGAAAUUUUGAACUUCAUUUUCAGUUCACGGUAACUUCAGUGAAUGGAGCCGUUGGACGGAUUGUACAAAGGAUUGUGGGAAUGGAACUCAUGUACGAGGGAGAACAUGUACCAAUCCUCGCCCUGCACAUAAUGGUGAUCCGUGUGAGGGAGACCUCACUCAGUCGGGUUAUUGCAAUGAACAUCACUGUUCUAGUAAGUCAUUCAAUGCUUGUCGGCAGGGGCGGACCUACGGUGGGGGUGCAGGGGGGUGCAUCCCACCUAGUGGUGUCUAGCACACCACUCUUUCUAGAGAAGUGCAGCACCACCCUAGGAAAAUCUGCUUGACCAUACAUUUUCUGCCUUUCGAAUAGCGAUUAGCGGAACUUUUACUGUCGAUUUCUCGAAACGAUUUAAUUGAUUUGUGAGUUCACACGAAAAUACUCAGAAUGCUUCAGUUAAAUAUCAUGGUUAAAUAUGUAAACAUGUCGAGGUUGUUGUACAUCCAUAUUUUCAAAUAUACUGUAUUUUAACAAGCAAAUUUACUGUACUGUGCCACAGCAACUGUCCAGUCACGCAUACGUGAUAAAAAGCCGUUUAUAAACUUUAUAAACAAAAGAUAAUGUAAAACGCAACAGAUCGGCGGAACAUGCACAUUCAGCCAUCUCAAAUAAUGGUGAUGUGGGGAUAGUAGCGUUGCAGACUGCGGAGGAGAGUGGUCAGUAAGUCUCCCUCGUGCACCACCCCAUGGAAAACCUGCACCCCUCCUUGCAGAUGAGGAUAGGUCCGCCCCAGCCUGCUAACAAAUUUAUUAACUGCAGUAAUUUUUAGAGAGACGACACUCAGUUGAACUAAGAAAUGAACAUUGUCCUACACAUGUAAAAAUCUUACAACUUGUCAACAAGUUGUAACAAUGCUGUUAUUUUAUCAAGUUGCUACAAGGUUGUCACUCACAACUUGUUGACAUAUUGUUGAAUUGUUAACAAGUUGUUAGAACAACUUGUAACAAGUCUGUUGAGCUCACCAACCUUGUAGCAAGUUGUAAACAAGUCAUAUGAUUUUUUUCUGUGUUGGUGUUGUGUACUCAGGUGAAUAUGAUGUUUGUGAUGUUCCUCUGAUGUUACUCUAAGUGGUUAUACACUCAGAGUAACAUCACAAACAUCAUUGUAAACAAGUCGUUGACAACUUUUCAACAAGCUUGGAACUAGCCUGUUCGCAGGCUAGCUUGGAACAAGCAGUGCGAACACAUCCUGUUGCUAAGUUGUUGGAACUGCAUUGCUACAAGUCUGCUGCAGGUUUGUACGUUUUUACAUGUAUAGUUGGCUGCAGGUCUGGGAGACAGUACUCAGUUAAAUGGCAUGUUAGAAAGUAAACCAUCCCAGGGCUGCAAAUGAAUAUUUGACUUGACAGGACAUUUGUCCGAUCACUUCUAAUUUUGGUCGGACAUAACUUGAAUUUGGUCGGACAAAAACCAACACCACUAAAUUUGGUCGGACAUAUAUAGUUAUACAUCACAAGAUAUAUAUAAGUCACGAGACAAGUAUGUAUAGCCAUUCCGGCGCAACGUUAAGUAAAAUGCUAGAAUGCCUCGCAAAUUUUAUUGCAAAAUGCAAAUUGAGUGAAUUUGCAAUCGGAUUUUGUCACAGCAAAAAGUGUAUAACGUAACAACAAUUUUUUUUGUGAUUGGACCAAUGUCCGAUCAAAAUUACUUUUGUUCGGACAUUUGCCAAAUUUAGUCAGACAUUGUCCGACAGUAAUUUGCAGCCCUGCCAUCCUGUGCCUUUGCGUGCAGUUUCAACAUGUUAUGGACGUGUUCCUUGCAGUUGACGGAGGUUUUACAAAUUGGAGUCCCUGGAUGUUUUGUAACAAACCAUGUGGUACUGGCACAUCAGACAGAAAACGAUCAUGUAUUAACCCUACCCCGAUGUAUGGAGGAAUGAAUUGUACUGGACCAUCACUUGAAUCUAAUGAAUGCAACACACAUGAUUGCUCUUGUAAGUAAUGUGGAUAGUUAGCAAUUAUUGAAUGAGGUUGAGCAUGAUUUGCAGAAUUAUCAGGCUCUCUAAGUUUGUGGUAUCAAAAACUGAAGGCUGAAGUUGAUCACAAACUGAGACUGGUCAUUUAAAAGACGGGCCAUUCCAUUUAUUAUACGCCCGGGUCAGACGGGUCAUUCCAUUAUUAUCCCCUAUGGAUGAGUUCUGUCCAAAAUUUUACCUGUACGAAUCAGACUUCCAAGAAGUACUUUGGAAACGACAAUAAAUAUCUAAACCCAAGGAAUAUGCGAUUUCUUUUCCAAAAUUCUUUCCAUUUACUAUCUCCCCCCCCGUACGGAUGAGCUUUUGUCAAAAUUUUACCUGUAGGAAUCGGAUAAUUUAUACUUGCAAGUCGGGGGGGUUAGGUCAGAUAUUAAAGGGGGGGGGGGGCGGAUAUUAAAUGGAACGACCCGAUGAAAAAAAAAUCCUCACCUGUUCAAUUCGUCGAAAUAAUAACCAGUUUUUCCCCCAAAUCGUUCCUUUUUUCUUUCAUAAAAAUGUUUUCGUUCAUAUUUCUUGAUUAUAUUUUUGAAGUUGUUUCCAUAUUGUUUUGGUCGUGUUUCCACAUUUCGUUUUUCAUAUUUCCAGUGCAUAACGUCAUAACUUUGAAACUGAUUUCGACAAAAACCUUAUUUAACUGUUUUAAUUAAGUGUGUUGAUGUUUUUCCCUUCCAGCUGCUGAUAUAAAGCUAGAUGUAACCUUCAAUGCAGUGACAUUGAGUGAAUAUCAAAAUGACGUGCCGGCAUUUCAAAACACUGUUACAGGAAUGGUGAGUGUGAAAAUAAAUUUGUUAGAAAGUUAGAAGCAACUCAAACUUAGAUAUAUUUCUCAAUUUUUCAGAUCAAUUCAGUUUACCAGGGAUUUCCUCCAGCCAUCACCUUUACAUCAUGCAAGUAAGUCAAUUCAACUUUUUACUCCGGUUGGCAGAGCCAGUAGUUUAAAAUGGGACUCUUUCUGUAUUUUUCGUAGUUUUUUUUUGGGUGUCACAACGUGACAUUCCACCAAGGGAUCGCAGGCUCAGGGUGCAACGAUUUAGAUAAAAUGACGCCCACUUAAUUACAUCAAUUAAACUACCAAACGAAUUUAUAUUUAUAGACGUAACAGUUGAUCGAUACAAUGAUUGGGGCAUUUUUCGUUGUGAAAUUACUUAGACGAUACCUAAUUUUCGAAAUAUAUUUGGAACAACUGACAAAUUUGAUACAAUCAUGAUAUAACAAGAAUGUUACAAGGUUGACGACGCAAGGUUGUAACAAUACUGUUAUAUCAUGACUGUAUCGGACUUGUUGGAACAACCUUGUAACAAGCCUGAUAAUAUCAACAAAGUUGUUACAAAUUGUUAACAGUUUGUUCCAAACUUGUUGACAACUUGGGACAAGCAGUGCGAACACAACUUGUUGACGACUUUGUUGGCAGAAUUGCUACAAGAUGUGAGAUUUUUGCGUGUGUGGGUAAUGACGAUGACAACACAGCUGCUGAUGGUGCCAACAAAGUCGUCAACAAGUUGUGUUCGCACUGCUUGUCUCAAGUUGUCAACAAGGUUGGAACAAGCUGUUAACAACUUGUAACAACCUUGUUGACAUUAUCAGACUUAUUGCAAGGUUGUUCCAACAAGUCCGAUACAGUCAUGAUACAACAAUAUUGUUACAACCUUGUGUCAUCAACCUUGUAACGUUCUUGUUAUAUCAUGAUUGUAUCAGACUUGUUAGAACAACCUUGUAACAAGUCUGAUGAUAAUAAUAAUAAUAAUAAUAAUAAACACUUUAUUUAAACAGGGUGACUAGAGUUACACGAAGUAAUUUUCAUCUAGGCCCUAAGUAAUAUACUGUCUAUUAAUACUAAGACUAUAAAUACCAAUAUAAAGAGUUACUAAGUCUAAAAAUAUAUACAUAGGGUUAAAAAUGAUCGUUAAUUGUUAUAAACACAAGUCAGAUAUUAUCCUUGAGUGUGGAAAAGGCCAAAUUUAUGUAGUUUUUACGAAAUGAGGAAAAUGAUGUCGAGCAUCUCACACUAUCAGGUAAUAGAUUCCACUCAUUAGCUGCCAAGAAGGCAAAAGUACGUUUACCAGCAUUAGUGUUUACUUUUGGAAGCUUCAAGUUGUUAUUUGUGGAGCCACGAGUAUUUAAAUUAUGUACUUUGCUAAAUGGUAAAAGUAAAUUAGUGAUAUAACUUGAUGCUGCCAUCAAACUUGUUACAACAACUGGGAACAAGCAGUGCGAACACAACUUGUCGAGCUCUUGUGAACAGAUUUGUAACAACUUGUUUGCAGACCUGUAACAACUUGUGCGUUUUUACGUGUGUACUUGAAAAUAGGGGUGGACAUGUGCCAUGUUUGGAAAUGGGGCGCAUUCCAUGUCUUUUGCUACCAUCACUGCUGCCAUAAUUGGGACAGAGGGCUGGAAUCUUCAUAUCUGAAACACUGUGAAGUAAAUGAAGCUAUCCUUACGUGGUCAAAAUGUAUUGAAAUAUUUUUUUCUGUUUAGCGCUGGUCAGAACAAUGCGGUGAGAUGUCGACUGAAUCUCAACUAUCAGUCUGUCUCUAAGGAUGAGUUGGUCGUUCUUCAGGAUAAAUUGCUGCUUCCAGCAAGCCAAACCACGCUUCAUAGCAUGACGUCAGAAAAUGGUAAGACAAACCUAUUCAUGAGGAGAAUCUAUUGUACGUCACGUAACACGCGCUCAAAACUAGUGAACAUACUUUUCCACUUGGUUAUGACAAAAUUCAAUUUUUUAAAUUUUCGAUACGUUUCUCAAGCGGUAAACAAACUUAAAAAGUAUGUUUAGUGCUUUAUCUAUAAAAUAAUGCUAAAGUGAAGAGAUUUUAGAUGGUACGCCAAGCCAAAGAGAAAAUGAUGUCUGAAGUUCAGUAAGUUUUGCGUAGGUUUGUAGGUGUGACCAUGGAUAAUAAAAUAAAUGGAUAGGAGACUAGCUGACGUGACCUAAUGUUUUCAAUGGACUGAUGGCGUGGUUGGAUGUUCAAACCUAGUUGCAAACCAAAUUCUCAAAAACGGCAUGUUUAGCAAUAAUACAGCUAAACAUUUUAAUCAAAGAGCAAAUAAAUAUAACUACGCCAUUCUACGAUGAAGUCUCUAAGUAUUUCCAGUCAAUUUUAGCAAAUAUUUCAAGCACUAAACAGUGAAAAAUGCAUCGCAAAUUUCGUUAAAAUGGGCGACGCCAAUUUCGUAGCUAGAAAUGUAAAAAAAUGCAAAACAAAGACGAAAAACAUUUACCUUGAAUACUUUGUCGUUGCUUAGGCAUGUUUUUAAAACAAUUAGACCAGUUUAUGCUUCAAUAUUACUUUUUUAAAGCGGAAAAUAUAGCGAAACAACAAAAAUGCUGAGAACUUUGGCAAUACGCGUGACGUUACAGAUUGCAACUAGGUUUAGACUGUGACGUCAGGAAGUUUCCUAUCCAGUUAUUUUACAAUCCUUGGUGUGACUUAUACCUAUUGAAAAACCUGUUUUACCUGUCCCACUCACAACUGUAGAGAACCCUGUACCAACCACCUGAAAAAUACAAGGAGCUACUGUAAGGGGCCCUAAUUUCAAGAAUGCUCUGACCAAUUUAAAGAACCUACUCAAUUUUAGGCUCUCGCUCUCAAGUUGGGGCCCUAUUACGAUUGCGGCCCGGGGCAAUUUGCCCGCCCCUGUCCCUGCCCCCCCCUCUCGAUGGCCCUGUCUGGUGCGCCGUUUCGCGCGAAGGCCUAGGUUAGUUAUUUGCAUCUCUAUCAAUCCAAAACUUUCUAAUAAAAUAUUUUUCUUUCUAGUGUUUUCCUCUCCGCUCUCUCUGCAAGCAAACGCUUCGAGUUCCACCAGUAUUCAGACCGAAUGGCCAGCAUUGCCACCCUCAGCCGAGACUGCUGAUACUAAAUCUCUUCUUGGCUAUAUAUUAUUUUAUAAACAAACGUCAGCGGACAGUUACCAGAAAAUUGGUGUGGCUCGUGCGUCCAAUCUCUUGGAGACUUUGGAAGAGCUGAAAAAAUUCACUCCGCAUAGAAUGGUGGUUUGUCCCUAUUCUGAGAAAGGCAACGGAAUUCCAAGCGAACCUGUCAAUGUCACAACUUUGGAGGAUG